GCAGAGACGCACACUUCCCGUGCAUAAAUGAACGAAAAGCUAUACAGCUGCCCGUAACGCACACAUCUGAACGUUAUAACUUCGCAGAGAGACGUUAAAACAAAAAGCCAUCAUGUCUGACAAGAAGGCAGUGAUAAAGAAUGCUGACAUGUCAGAUGAAAUGCAGCAGGACGCAGUGGACUGUGCCAUGCAAGCUAUGGAAAAGUACAACAUUGAGAAGGAUAUCGCCGCCUACGUCAAAAAGGAGUUUGACAAGAAGUACAAUCCCACAUGGCAUUGCAUUGUUGGGAGGAACUUUGGCAGCUAUGUGACGCACGAGACGAAGCAUUUCAUCUACUUCUACCUGGGCCAAGUGGCCAUUCUACUGUUCAAGUCGGGCUGAAAUCCAAAGAUUUCCUCCGAAAACUACUUUUAAUGCCGCCCUUAUACUUCUGUGCCACGCUGUACAUGUGCUAUCACCUUUCUGCAGACAUGCCUACCUCCUGGUUUCCUGCUUGCUUUAGUCUGUUACUGUUUGCCACAUACAACACUACCACCAUCGUUGGAUGGUGCUUUAGUCAUGCCUGGGCUGGUGAUGUGCUGUUCAUAGAAAAUGCCAAUGUAACACUACUUAUUAUGCCAGCUGUCAGUCAGCAUUUCCACAUCUGUCAGACUCACUAGAAAUCAUAAUUUCUGGAUAUUAUUUCUGUUGUGCAUUGAUGCACAGACCUUGUACAUUAUUUCAUGAAUGUUGUAUAAUAACUUAUUUUUCAAGAAAUUAAAAUGAGCAACAGAGUUUUUGUUGAAAUGCCUUUAAUUUUCAGUGUUAACUGAGAUCGAAUUAAAAAUGCCAAGACUGUUGCUCUAACUUAAUAAAGAAUAUUCCAUGCUAACAGAUUUAAGGUUUUGUACAUGCUUGGAACAUUCCUCUUUUCAAUUCUGCUGUGAGUGUGAAUAUUAACAAUGUCACUGCUGUAUUAUCUCUGAAAUUUAAUUUUAUUGGCACUUUGGUAUUGUGAUAUUUUCAACAUGUUGAGUUCAAAACAACUUUGAGACAGUAAAUUGUUUCAAAAUGUGCA